ACAGAGAGGAACAGUGAAAGCAAUCAUAGAGUGUGAAGAACUUUCUCUCCCUGUUUCCCUCCUCUUCUCUUCCGCCUUCGUUUUCUUUGAAACACAACACACAACAUCUUUGAUCACUCCACCAAUCCUCAACAUCAACAUGCUUCCUCUUUCCCUUCUCAAAACAGCUCAAGGCCACCCUAUGUUGGUGGAACUGAAGAAUGGGGAAACUUAUAACGGCCAUUUGGUUAACUGUGAUACAUGGAUGAACAUCCAUCUCCGAGAAGUCAUUUGUACCUCUAAAGAUGGAGAUAGGUUUUGGCGGAUGCCUGAAUGCUACAUACGAGGGAAUACAAUCAAGUACCUUCGAGUUCCUGAUGAGGUUAUUGACAAAGUUCAAGAAGAAACCAAGAGCCGUGCAGAUCGCAAACCACCUGGUGUGGGACGUGGAAGGGGAAGAGGCAGAGAAGAUGGUGCUGGUGGACGGCAACCAAAAGGAAUUGGGCGUGGUCUUGAUGAUGGUGGUACCAAGGGAGCUGGAGGAGGUCGAGGCAAGGGUGGCCCCGGUGGAAAGCCGGGUGGAAACAGAGGUACAGGGCGAGGUAGAGGUUGAUUCAAACAAGUGGAUAUGUGACAUGAACUACUUCAGAAGGGGCCAGAUUGCUACCUUUAGAGGCAUUUGUGCUGUGCUUCUCUUCAAUGUGUAUCGGUAGCAACUUCACUGCCCGUGUUUCCUGUGCAUCCCUGGAUUUUAGCUUUCCAAUGUUUUUCUUGU